AAUGACAAAAAUAUUUCCAGAAUUUUGACCCAAUUUUUAGAUGAAGGAAAGUUUCCUUAGUACAAAGGAAUGUAUCUUACAACCUUUAGAUAUAAGCAAUUAAUUUUCUUUUCUAUAAUUGUGAAAAGAGGGGAGGGGGGUGGGAAGCAGUGUAUUUCACACAUAGAGGGCUUGCAUUUUAGCCUGAAUGGGUUUUGAAACACUUGUUCCUGCUACUAAUUGAACUCAAUGGAGCCUGUGCGAUUCUCGCUAAUGUUGGAAGAGGGAUGGGUCACCUAAAAGAAGUGAAUGUCAAGAACUUAAAGGAGGACUGCAUUUUUCAAUACAGUCACAGUACUAAAUGAACAAAAUUCUUGAGCAGUUUUUUUUUUUUUCCAAAAAAAAAAAAAUGUUCAGGUUUAUUUGUGGAAAUGCAAGAUUUCUAUGAAAAUAGUUUUUGUAUGGAAAUUUUUGUAAUACUUUUUAUCAACAAAAUAAGAACAUGUGUUUCUGUCAGGGGUGUGAUGCCAAGCAUGAGUGGUAGUGCGUGCGCACCACCAACGUUUGGUGAAAACUAUUUUUAUCAUGAAAAAGGAAUCUUAGAAGAGACAUAUUUUCAAGUUAUAUAAUAUAAAAAAAUAGGUGCACUACCACCACUGCUUACCAUGCUACACCCCUGGUUUCCACUAAGCUGAUAACAUGCUGUCAUGAACAAUUGUGUGUAAAUGGUAAAAGACACAGACCUCUUGACCACAUUGUGAUAGAAGUUAAUAUGCACUCAGUUUGCUGUUUGAAUCCAAUGCACAAAUUUAAAAAAAAAAAAAAAAAAGUACAAAAGAAAGCAUUAAAUUUAUGUCGGUUUUAGUUGGUUUGGUUUUGCUGUGUGUUUUGAGCAACAUAUGUGCAGUACUUUGUGUCAGUACUGGUACUUAGCUUCAGCUUAGUGCCCUAUCCUGAUGAUUCUUUCCACUAAAUUUGUGACAAGAGAGUUUGCUGGGAGUUCUGACAGAAGCCAUUACAGCACAUUGUGAUAAUAUUUGCAGCAUUUGGUUCUUAGCUGCUAUAAAGCUAACUUCUAUGUCCUGACUGUGGUGAGUUCCUGGACAUAACAUUUUGAAAUACUGCCCUACAGAUGCUGAACCUUGCACCACUGUCUACUGUAAAUUAAUUUGUAUCUCAACGAGAAAUGUAUGGUAUGGACUAUGUAAGAAUGUUAUGUCAACCAAAAAAGAUUAUGAAGAUGGUCUUUACAUGGAAAAAAAAUAAUUUGACUAAUUAGGAAACCCCCCAAAAAACAUUAAAAUAAUCAUAGAUAAUAUGUCAUUGGUGAGUAAAGAGAUUGGUUGUUUACUCAGGCUUAAUUUAAUCUUAUCAUCCUCUUUAUGGCACAGAAAUAUAAGAUAUAUCAUCCAAACUGUAGAAGUUAUAUAAUGAAAUUUAGGGGUAAAUGGGAGGUUUGUGUCUACUACCCAGUUAUCAUGAAUCUUCGUAGAGAUUGAGCUGGCCAUUUCCAUUGUGAGCAGGGACUGAGAAAGCAAAUUCUCUUAUAUUUGUGAGUUUCAUCCCCAUUUAUGUGAUAACAAAGAACAGGUUAUCUUUGUCUGAAGUAUAAAGAAGAUAAAAACACUUUAAACAAUUUUUCUGGUAAUGAGUAUACUUACAUAAUUUAUAUUUAAGUUAAUUCUUUAAAACACUAAGGGGAAAAGAGUAACUGUCAUAUAACACAAUGAAAACUCCUAAUUAUGAUGGCUUGGAAUGGAAAAAAUUGGCUAUUGCAUUUGAUUGAUGAUUUACAAUAAAAUUUGUAAAAUCAUGUAAUAAAAUGCUGUAUUAUAUUCAAACAUACUGUUCCUUUCUCCAUUGAGGAUGUUGAAAUAAGCAGGAUUUCAUUUUCACCUUGCUGCACAAGACUAAUUCUCAUUAAGUUUUAUGUGAGCCACAGUAAGAGCGAAUGCAGAAUACGUCCCAAAUAUUUUAUUGGGUCAAAGUUCCCCAAGGAAGAAAACUUCUAUCACAGAGAUUGAGUGGCUUAAUUCAGACUUUGGUCAGAAUUUUAGCCUUCCAGUGUUGAGGGAAAUAUGCAAAGUAACUGGAGAUUUAUAUUAAAGAUCAAGAAUAGAAAUGCAUGGCUCCACAGAUUCAUAGUAGGAUAAUGGGUUUUUUUUCAACAAUCAUCCACUAACUCAUGUUGUUAUUUUGUUGUGCAUAAGUAAUUAUUUCUUUAUUAAGACAUUUACAAAAAAAUUGACUAAUAAAGAUCUGACCCCCAAAAAAGUAGAAAAUACUACUGAUAGUUUUGUUCUUGGAAAAGCUAAAUUUCUUUCAAUUUCCUCAAAAGCUUCAUUUUCCUUUCACUGCUGUGAAAAAAACCCUUAAUUCUGAAGAAAAAAAUCUUUGUUUUAAUAGGCCUCUGAAAGGCUUCUCCCAAAAUUCCAAAAUUCUCACGCUGUAUAAAUUUCUAUAUUGUAAUUAAAAUUGAUGGCCCAGCAAAAAUCAAGAGAGUAUCUGGCCCACGAAGAUUAGGAAUCCAUAUAUAAUUGCUUUAUGCGGUUUCACAUAACAGCUUAAUUAGUCUGCUGAUUUCUCAGGACAGGGUGAUGGGUGUUUCUCUGACAUACCUCAAAUGUCACUCUAGAGAAGAAUUUUAAAGCAGUUAUAGCUCAGUGAAAUGGUGCUGCCUGGUGGAUGACAAUUGGAGGUAAAAAUUGAACAGGAUUUUUUUUUGCCUGUUUCAAUGAAAAUAGGCAACUACAAUCUUUAAAACACAAAACCCAUACCAUUUAAGUCUUCAGCUUGCCUCAAUAUGGUUGUAUAGCAACAGAUAACCAAAAACAAGGGACAGAACCCCUUUUAUGUUGUUGAUAAAUGUCAUUUCUGAAGCACUGGUAGUGAAAAUUAUGAGCCAAAUGGUUGGAUGAAAUCAAGAGAUCCCUGAUGCUUUAUAGUAAAUGAGGAUUUGUCCAAUUAUAGACAUCAGCAGGCCUUUUUAAUGGUAUUCUCCUUUUAUAUAAACAUAAGUACAGACAUAUACAGGAAGUAUCUGACAGAUUUUAUAUGUGGUAUUUCUUUCUGAAAUUUCUGUCUCAAUUUUCAGUUGAAGAAUUCAGUAUAGAUUUGAAAUAACCGUUUCUUUCAUUUUAUUAUUACUUGAGGCUCUGUUCAUUAAUUUUUCCUGAUUUCAUCCACAGAGUGUUCAAAACCCCAAAAAUAACAGAGUUUGGUCCUACUACACUAACUUGUUAAUAUUUCAGAACUGAAAAAACAUAGUUUAUGAAGGAAAUAACAUAUUGCACCAAAAUCCAAAGCCACAAAUAAAAGAAAUGCCCUCAUAUUCUACAAAAUAAAAUUAUUUUCAGGGAAAAGGGAUCACGAGCAGAGGUAAUAUCAUACUAAGAGGUAAAAAAUUAUGCUAUAAAAUAAUGGCUUAUUGUUUUUAUAUUAAGGAUAUUAGAAAAAUAUGAAGUACUUCAGACACAACUUCACUUGUCUCCAAACAUGUCAACAAACAAAAAACAUGAUAACUUAAAUACUCCUUUGAAAGAACUGUCAAAACUCCUACUUAAGAGGAAUCAAGAUUUUAUCCAAUGCAGCCCCAAAUAUGUACGGCUAUAAUAUUUAAGGCAGAAUUAUGUGUACAGAAGUGAUUGUGUUUCUGUCAGAAUUUCAGAGAUGUAUAGGAAAACAAAAGGUCUCUGAGGUUGGCUUCUCUUACUGAGAAGA